AUGUCUGUCGUCCGUCUCAGGCUUGCAUGUCAUGGUCAACGCAACAGACCAUUUUACCAUAUUGUUGCGAUAAAUGUCCGAAAGGCGAGAGAUGCAAAACCUAUCGAGAAGCUUGGAGAGUAUGAUCCCAUACCUAAACCUUUGCCGGAAAACCCAAGUGUGACAGAAAAGCGUAUCACCUGGGAUGCAGAUAGGAUACAGUAUUGGCUCGGAGUAGGAGCUCAGCCGAGUCUAACAGUCGCUCGACUAUUAGAGAUGGCGAAUCUCAUACCAGAGGGAAAGCUGUUCAAAGGGACAUCAAAAUUUCGCGAGGUGCAUCUGGCCAGAGCAAUCAAAGCUUCAUCUGGGUCAACUUCUUCGCACUUGCCUGUAUCAUAA